AUGCCGCGCUCCCCUUCGCCCCCCCGCCUGCCACACCGCCCCCGCACAUACAGAGACGACAGCCCCCCCUACCCCCCGCGCGACGACUACCGCUUCGCACGGGAACCCAGGUAUCGCAACACCAACUACGACCGCAAUGAACGUCCCGACUGGCGGGACAGGGAGAGGGACGAUGAUAGAGACUGGGACUAUCAAAGACCGAGAUAUCCUGCGGGCAGGACGAGCUGGUUUUCGAGGGAUAGGGAGAGGGAUGAGAGGAUGACGGCUCGGAGCCCGUUACCUAGAAGACCCGUCGCACCGCCUAUGGACAGGGAGCGGGAACGGGAGAGAGGAAGGGACGAGAGGGCGACGUCUAUGGCUGCAGAAGGAUCUGCGAAAGCGAGGUCAGAAGGGACGCCCGAAGAGGGCCAGAUCACUUCCCCAGUACACCCGCCGCCGGCUCCUCCUGUGCUGCCACCGAUCUCGUCCAUGGCGGGUCUCCCAGCCCGCCCGCACUCGCCACCAAUUCGCUCGCCUGCUAUCAGAAGACGAACGAGAUCCCCGCCGCCUUUCAGGAGGGUCGAGAGAGACAGCUGGAGAGAUCGCGACAGGGAGGUUCGAGAAAGGGACUGGGAUAGAGAUCGAUUUUUCCGUCGACGGUCACCAUCUCCCUACUCGCCUCCAGUCCGCCGUCGAAGAUCUCCUUCCGUCUCAUCAGCAUCCACCCCUUCAAGAUCAUCACGCUUGUCUCCCCUCAAGCGAGCCCUCUCGCCAGUGUCUGACCGAAGACGAUCGAGAUCACCGUCCGAAAAACGCUCACGUUUCGAGCCCCCACAUUCUCCAUCACCACCUCUACGUUCCGAGCUCAACACGCCUUCGCCACCACCUGCUACUGCUCCCGAGGUGUCUGCACCCGCACCUGCCCCGGCCCCCGCCAGGCCGGUUCCCAUCGCUGUGCCUCUGAGCGGCUUGAACCAGUUUGCCAAACGCCCGCCUCCCACCGGCCUACGUUCAAUGGGCGGCGCUGCUGCACCAGGAUUCGCACCCCCUACCGGUCCUCGUGCCCUUGCGCACUUGUACGGUGGCCGCCCACCACCUACAGGCCCGCGAGCUUACGCACCGCUAUCUACAGCAUCACUAGCCUCAGCCGGUCGCGCGACAGCAAUGAUUCCCACCCCAGUAUCAGUAACCCCCCCGCGGGAAGAGGUAGAGCUCCCCCGAGCGAGCAGAGCGCCGUCAGAGACGCCUUCAGCACAUUCGACGAGCACGAAAGAUGCACCGCCCAGUGGACCCAGGUUGUCGUGGUCGGAGAGAAGAACGUUACCGGCACAGACGCCGACGCCUGGGCCUGCAUCUGGGCUUACGCUGGCGCCGGUUGCUGCUGUGGCGAGAGCGACGACGAGCCCGUAUGCUGCUUCGCCGAACGUAAACGUAAACACUGUGCGAACGCCUUAUAACCAGCCAGCAAGCUCGUCGCCUACCUCGGUCUCUGCUACCGCUUACCCUGUGUCGGCUGAGCAGGAAGAUGUAAAGCCGCAGGUUGAAGAGCCAGUGUUGAGUGAAGAGCAAUUGGCAGAGAUGAGGGCGAAAGAGGAGGAAGCGAUGGUCUUGGCGGAAUUACCAGCUGUUGCUGUACCCUUCGGAGGCACACAGUGGGAGAUUGAUCUCGCAAACCACCAUCACCACUAUACAUCCCUCCUCCAAAACACCCUACGCACCCACUCUAUUCAACGACACGCCGCUAUGGCAUUGGCAGAUGCAGAGGCGGAGAGGACAGCGGCCGUGGAGAGGAGGAGAAUUUGUGAGGGACAGUUGAUGGCGGGGAUGGUUGGCGUUGGGGUAAUGUUUGGGGCUGUCUAG